UUUCUUCAGCUGGUGCACCGUCCGUCCGUCCCCGUCUCCGUCGCGACCAGCGGAAGUCGCCGGCAUCCCAGCUGAACUCUGAAUAUUCAUCCACCCCCCGCCCACAGGCCCAUAAAAAAACUCGUCGGCGUCGGCGGCCUCACAUCAAACCGCGCUCAAUCUCAAUCUCACCGUGGACUCGCCGCCAAACACGAACUGGCAGGCGGCAGGUGCCCAGCCACGCUAGCCAGAUCCUCCUGCAAAGAACAGAAAUCCCCCGGUUAUUUCCCACUCCGCUCCACUCGUCCGAACCACGCCGCGCUAGCCAGCUGCAUCUUCAGCCGGCAUGGCCCGCCUCGGCCUCCGGCGCUUUCCGCCGCUGAUGCUCCUCCUCCUCCUCCUCUUCACCCUCGUCGUCGCGGAGGUGGCGGCGGGGAAGGGGAAGAAGAGGGGCGACGGCGGCGGCGGGCUGCGGUUCCGGCGGGAGGGCGGCACGUUCAAGGUGCUGCAGGUGGCGGACAUGCACUACGCGGACGGGCGGAGCACCGGGUGCGAGGACGUGCUGCCCGAGCAGGUCGCCGGCUGCUCCGACCUCAACACCACCGCCUUCCUCUACCGCGUCAUCCGCGCCGAGGACCCCGACCUCGUCGUCUUCACAGGCGAUAACAUUUUUGGCGCGGAUUCAACCGACGCGGCCAAGUCGAUGGACGCGGCCAUCGCUCCGGCCAUCACCAUGAACCUUCGCUGGGCUGCUGUGCUCGGUAACCAUGACCAGGAGGGCACCCUGUCGCGGGAGGGUGUGAUGCGCCACCUUGUAGGCAUGAAGAACACCCUGUCACGCUUCAACCCUGAAGGAGUAGAGAUCGACGGCUUCGGAAAUUAUAACCUCGAAGUUGGUGGGGUUGAAGGAACACUGCUGGCUAACAAAUCAGUGCUCAACCUUUAUUUUCUCGACAGUGGUGACCGUUCUACUGUAUGGUGGAUCCCUGGUUAUGGUUGGAUCAAGGCUUCACAGCAAGCUUGGUUCAAGCAAACCUCUUUGAGUCUGCAGAAAAACUACAGGAAUGAAGAACCUAGACAGAAGGAGCCGGCACCUGCUCUUGCAUACUUCCACAUUCCAUUGCCGGAGUUCAGCAGUUUCACAGCAUCCGAUUUCACAGGAGUGAAGCAGGAGAGUAUCAGCUCGCCAUCAAUCAACUCCGGUUUCUUUACCACGAUGGUGGAAGCCGGAGAUGUGAAGGCUGCCUUCAUAGGACAUGAUCACAUAAAUGACUUCUGCGGGAAGCUCACCGGUAUUCAGCUCUGCUAUGCCGGUGGCUUGGGUUACCACGCGUAUGGGAAGGCCGGGUGGUCGAGGAGAGCAAGAGUGGUGUCUGUGCAGCUUGAGAAGACAGUGAGCGGCGAGUGGCAAGGCGUGAAAUCUAUCAAGACAUGGAAGAGGCUUGAUGACCAACAUCUGACCACGAUUGACUCCGAGGUUCUUUGGAACAGAGGCUCUAAUGAACCACAAGUUAUCUAAGUGUUGCUGAUUGUCAGGGAGGCGCAGGAAGGAUCAUGACAGAAGCUGAGUUCAGGCUUGGGGACAGCGAGUGAGUGAUGCGUCCUACCUCUGCUCAUCAUGUGUGCUGUUGGUGCUUACUGCUUAGCUUAUUACAAAAGUUCGCAACCGUGUAAAUGAAAACAGAUGGUGCGCCUCAUGUAUACGCAGGUUCGUAGCAUUGUAAUUGUUCGCAUAGAGAAAGAAAAAGGUGAACCAUUAUUUGAAAAAAAAAAAUUGAGCGGGUGAACAAUGAUUUGAUGUA